CAAAGCUGAAUACGAAACUUUCAUUGGAGAAAAUUUAAGGCUUCUCACAGGUUCGCAAAUUACGUCAUCAUUUUAUUAUUAUUUUAAAUUCGACAGAACGCUUUUGUCGUCUGAUCUAAAUCGACGUUGCAUAUCUAUUGUGUUUGUAUCGCCGAGAAUUUUUGUUUAUUAGUUCAACAUGUCUGGUCGUGGAAAAGGAGGUAAGGGCUUGGGUAAAGGAGGCGCUAAACGACAUCGUAAAGUACUUAGAGAUAAUAUUCAAGGAAUAACCAAGCCUGCUAUCCGUCGUCUUGCUCGUCGUGGCGGUGUUAAGCGUAUAUCUGGCUUGAUAUACGAAGAAACCCGUGGAGUGUUGAAAGUGUUUCUGGAAAAUGUAAUUCGUGAUGCUGUAACCUAUACUGAGCAUGCUAAACGCAAAACCGUUACAGCAAUGGACGUAGUUUAUGCGUUGAAACGACAAGGCCGUACUCUCUACGGUUUCGGUGGUUGAACUUCGAUGAGAUGCUCUCUAAUCAUUCCUUCAUCUAUCAUAUAUUUUGUGAGAACUCCUGCGUAUUCUGUAAUUUUUACUUAUUGUCUUUGUAAGUCUAAUUUUGACUAAAUUUUUAAUUGGAUUUUAAUGUUUGGAGCUGUCAUUUCAGUUUAAAUGUAUCUUUUUAAAAUAAACAUCUUUUAGUAGUUUUA